AUGGACCAGCUGUGCAGCGAGCUGCUGGCACCCGCCAACGCAACCACCGACAGCAAGGACCCCACCAAGCUGCGCUAUGGCUGUGGCGUGGCAACCGCCGCACAAGUCGACAAGGCCACCUCUCUGCAGGCCACCUUCGUCCAGGGAAGCAACCAGACAGCUGCGCUGCGCGCACAGGUGGACGAGCUCAAAGCGACGGUUGCGGCGCUCAGCACCCUGGUGCAAAAGCUGCAGUCAAACGCGGCCAACGCCACUAUCCCGGGGACCAUCACUCAGGAGCUCGCCGCCCUCGCCGCGGCUGACACGCUCACCGCCCAGAAGCUGGCCCUGCUGGAGGCGGCAAACCAGACCGCGGCCCAGGAUAUUGCGGCGCUCAAGACCUCUUCGCAGCAAUGCGCUUGCGGCUCCGAGCUGUCGGCCGUCAACACCUCCCUAGCCGCCAUCCAGUCGGUCCAGGCGGCAAACGCGGUGGCAGUCUCCCUGGCCAACACCACCGUGGAGUCUCUGAAGGCCACAGUCACCACAGGCGCGGUGGCCAUCGCAUCGGUCAACACCAGCCUCGCCGCCCUCGCAGCCACUGUGGCCAAUGUGUCUGCGAUUGACUUCAGCAUCUACGCGAAAACCACGGACCUGGCCAACAUCAACGCAGCCAGGCUGGGGGGCGUGCCUGCCGCUCAGUACCUGCGCGCGCGGGUGGUGAUCUACCGUGAAUCUUCGACAGACAGGACCGGAAAUCUUGGUGGCCGGUCUGGUGCCGACGCAUUAUGCAGCACCUCCACCAACCGGCCGACAGGGCUCACCCAGGUGCACGCGUUCCUAUCGACGUCGGCAACCGACCAGAUUGCCGAUUUUCCAACAAAGUACGGCGUCCCAACCGGCCUGGCAAUCGAGGCGCCGAGCGGCGCAGUUUUGGCUCCCAACUUUACAAGCAUGCUGGGAGGCCUCUUGCUGUCCUUGAGGGAUGCGGGCGUGUUUGCAACUGACACUCGUUUUUGGUCUGGCAGCGAGAUCAUCGCCCUGAUCGAUUUUUUUCCUCGGGACGCCAUCUGGGUCGCCCGCGGCCGCGGCGGCCGAGGUGGUGGCAGCGGUGGCACCCCGGCGCGGCGUGCUCGGCUUGGGGGUCUGUGGCGCGGCGGGCGCUCAGGCGCGUCCGCCGCCUGGUCCGUGAGGCUGGCGGGCGGCGGUGAGCGCGCGCUGCUGGCGACGCCGCUCGCGCCGCCGCGCGCACCCCGCUGCCCCUGCCUGUGGCCCGCGGCGGAGCACCUAUCAGCUGUGGCGGCGGUGCUGCUGCCGCUGGCGCUCGGGCUGUGCAGGCGCCUACACUUUGCGCAGGUGCUGCAGCUGCUAAUCGCGUCGCAGGCGCUGUGCUACCUGCUAGCGCCAUGUGACGCCGGCCCCGCGGGCGGCGGCGGCGGCAGGGGCGGCGGCGGCGGCGGCGGGUGGCGGCUGCAACCUGCUGCGGUCUACGCAAUCGGGGCGGCCGGCUGCGCCGCGGCGCUGCUGCAGGUGGCGUCGAUGGUGCUCAGCUGGUGCUCGGGCGCGUGCGGCACGCUGGGGCUGGCGGAUGGGCUGUUCAAUGCGGCACACGUCGCGGCGGCGCUGGCGGUCGGCGGCGGGGUGCACCUGGGAUGGGAUGUGCUGCUGCUGCACUUCGGCGUCGUACCAGCAUUUGGUUCGCCGCUGGCGUACGCCUGGGACCUGGGGGCCAUGGUCGCAACGCUGGCGCUGAUGUGGCUGCUGACUGGAUUCGGCUGGCGCCACGUGCGGCUCAAGACGCUGGCGGUCGCGUUUGUCGUAAGCGAGGGGCUGCUCGUCAUGCUCAGGUGGCGCCGGUCUGCGGAGUUGCCGCGGCCGCGCCUGCGGCGCCGACGCCGGAUCGCUGCGGCGGCCGCGGCGGCGCUCGCCCUGCCGGCGCUGGCCACCAAGGCGCAGUCGAUCUACGUCUACAGCUCAUACAUUGUGCCCCUGAUUCAAAUCCUCAUGUACAUCGUGGUCGGCCACCUAGAGCGCCUCGACACGCGCCCCCCGCGCCCUGUUGGCCCGCUCGCGUGGCUAUUCUGCCGGCCCCGCGCCAAAGCCCGCGGCAAGGGGCGCGGGCGGGGCCGGGGCGCGCUCGAGCUGCCGCGGCGCGCCCCGGCGGCGAGCGAGGGCGGCGGCGGCGGCGGCGGCGGCGGGCGGGAAUCAAAGUCGUCGCCGCGGGUGCGGGCGGCUCUGGGGGGCGAGAAGCCGGGCCGCGCGGCUGGGCCGGAGGGGCCGGAGGCGGAGGGGGCUGUGGCGCUGGAGGACGUCCUGGCGGUCUGCCGCCUGCCGGCCCUGUGCAAGCUCUACGCGCUGCACAUGGGCCCCCGUGCGCGCCCCGGCGCGGACGACGCCGGCACGGCGGGCUCCUUCCGGCUGGACUUUAAAUCCGGGGAGGAGGACAGGCAAGUCUUUUUGAAGUGGGGGCUCUAUUGGGGGGAGCAGAUGCUGCUGGGCAGCUCCCUGGGCGACGCUUCCGGCCCGGCCGCCUCCUCCGCCACCGCCCUCAUGGGUCGGUUCCCCGCCUCAUACGCCGAGCCCGCCGCCGCCGGCGCCGCCCCCGGCGCCGCCCCCGCGGCCGCCGGCGCGUCGCCGGCGGGCUCCAACUCCGAGAACCUCCGAGCCGCCGCCGCCGCCGCUACCAGCGCCGCCGCGGCCGCGCCUGCGGCGGCGCCGCAGGCCGACCCCGCCACGCUGGCGGCGCUCGAGGGCUGCAUCAAUCGGAUCCGGCCCCUGGCCGCUUUCCAGCAGGACAGGGACCGCCGGCGGCGCCCCGUCGGCGCGCACCUGUCGGCGCGCGAGGCCAACGAGGCGGCGCUGCUGCAGGCGCUAGGGGCCGUCCUGCCAGAGCAGCACGUCGUGGCCAUGUCGGCCGCGCCCGGCAUGACGCUUCUGUCGUCGGCGUUGCACAGCGGCGGCGCGGCGUCUGCCUCUGGCGGCAAUACGUCGCCGGCGCCGUCGUCACCGGGGUCCCAGGCGUCCGCUUCCUAUUAUGAUACGUUCGGCGGCACGGGCACGUCGGGCGUUCAGACGGCGUCGGCGUCGGCGGCGCGGUCCCGGCUGGUGCGGGUGGACAGCAGCGGGAGCAUGGACACGAUCGAGGGGGGGGAGCUGCUGCCGGCAGAGGCGGUCACUGACCUGCGGGACCUGAUCCGCAUCAUGCACCUGGGCGCCGUCGCCGUCCGCCUCUGCCCCCGCGCGGCCCUCACCGCCGAGACCCCCUGCGGCCGCCCCGUCCGCGCGUGGGCCGUCGCGGCGCCCGCGCCCGCGACGGCGGCCGCGGACGCGGCGGCCGGCGCGGUGACGACGACGGGCAGUGUCGUCACCGCCUAG